AUGAUGAUGACUAAACUGAUAUUGCUCGUAAUGAUACUGAGCUCCAACUGGUGUGUCCAAGGUUACCCAUCCUUCCAAACAAGUAUUCCGAACGGAGGCAAUGUCCUUGACCCUUGUGACGACAACACUAUCUGGAUGGGUGUAGGACAUCAUGCUAUGAGCGGAGGUGGACCUCGGAAUUGUUUCGGAGUCGAUUUCGCACAAAAUAACAAGGAGUGGAACUCAACCGUGUGUGAAAUGGACUCGGAUGGAGAUGGGAAAUCUAACGGGGAAGAGCUUGGUGAUCCCAACUGUUCCUGGACCCCGGGUUCAAAACCCGUCGGCCUGACUACUGGACAUCCCGGGAUAUGUGAACCGUUGGAUGAUCCAAAGUGUGUAAAGAUAAACUCAGGACUUACAUGUAAAACACGAACUAACUUCGAUUGUGACGCCAUCAACAGUCCGGAUGUGAUUCCAUUUGAAAUCAGAUUACAGAAGACAAAGGUACCUGCUGUGGACACAACUUACACGUGCAUGAAUUUCGCUUUUCCUGCUGACAAAGAUUAUCACGUGAUUGCAGAUGAAAGUGUAAUAGAUAAUCACCAUGUCAUACAUCACAUCAUAAUAUUUGGAUGUCUCGAUAUAGCUCAGAAUUUUAUUCACCCAAUGAAUACACAAUACGACUGUCUUGGAACGAUGGGUGAGCAUGAAUGUAAAGAACAGAUAUCGAUUUGGACCGUCGGUUUACUUGGUAUGUGUCACAACGGAAAAGCUGGCUUCAGGAUUGGAGACAGUGGAUACAAGUUUGGCACAAUGGAGGUCCAUUGGAGCAAUCCUGGUCUGCGAGAUGACUACAUGGACAGUUCUGGGAUGAUCUUGCAUUACACCCCUGUACUAAGACCGUACAAUCUUGGAAAUCUUAUAACGGGCGAUAAUAAUUUUAGUAUACCUCCAGGAAGAUCUAGCUACGUUGUAAACUCUAAGUGUACUUCCGGUUGUUCUGCAAAACUCAUGAGUAGCUCUAUUUACGUUGUCGCCGGUUAUAACCACAUGCAUCAGCUGGGUAAAGCGAUGACGCUGUUCCAUAAGGCGUCCGGCAAGGAAGAACGUAUAUUAACAUACGAUCCUCAUUACAGUUUUGCUAAUCCAGUAGUUCACAUUUUUGAUCCUCCAGUAGAAAUCAGGCCCGGAGAUGAACUGAAAACCACAUGCACAUUCGAUUCUUCUGAAAAACGCACCAUAACUUAUCAAGGAGAUGGAGCUUCAGAUGAAAUGUGCACAAGUUACAUAAUUUACUACCCAAAAGAAGCUGUUUGGAAUUCCGAGUGUACUUCAUACAAAGGAUUUCCUAUAUGCUCCAUUAGUAAUAUAAGUGAUAAACUGGCAAGACGAAGUCCACCUUAA